AUGACUUUAACUUCACGUAGCUAUUCAGGUUGCUCAGUUUCAAAACCAUUAGGCAAAUUGAAGGAUGUUCCACUUCAAGAGAAGAUGUCAAUCACAAAAGUCAUUGAAAAUAUUGUACUUUUGUCAAGCAACAGACCGCUAAAUGUUGCAUUAGAAAUGGUAUUAACCAAGAAAUUCAACGCUAAUAACGCAUACUGUUUUCUUACAUCAAUACAACCAGAAAAAUUAUAUUGUGCUACAUUAUCAAAGUGUGUACCGUUAAAUUCAUCUAUUAUAUCAACAGUAUUCAACAGUAAAGAAGUUAAAUACUUUGCAACACCAGCAUCACAAGUAAACUACAACAUUUCUUUCGAUCCUUCGACAGACCCAUGUCUUUACAUUCCAAUUCUUAAUGGCCAACAACAACCUAAAGGUGUAGUUGUUGUAUCCAAGAAAAACUCUUUUUCAAAUGUCGAAAUUAAGAAAGCCACAUCAUUCUGUCAAAGAUUCUCUUAUUACUACGAUUUUAUCGUUAAUUCUGCUAUUCCUGAUAUUAAAUCAAGCGAUUACCUUCUUGAAAUUCGAAAUCACUUCGGAUCUCGUGCUAUUGAUUUAUUCCAGUUCGAGGAUAACCAAUUCCAGCAUUUCAAUCAAGAAACAGGCCAAUUCGAUAUCAUACAAACACCAGGAGCAGCUCUAUACUCAUUACAAAACAACGUGCAAAUAUCAUUACCAAAUGUAAGGGCAAGUCCAUCAUUUAACCAAGAUGUUGAUGGCAACAAUGAUGAACCAGUCUUAGUCCAACCAUUUGCUGUCGGAAAUGCCGUUUACGCCGUUGUUCUUCGUGGCAAAUCCAAUUCUUUGCCAUUUAGCACAAUCGAUUGCAUGAAAAUUGAUGCUUUAGCACCAAUCCUCACUAAACAAUUCGAUACCGUUGAUGAUGUUGAUGGAAAUAAUCAGCAGACACCUGUUUCAGAACGUCUCCAAGCUCUUCUUGCUGUUGCCGAAGUUAUUUUCGGCGUUUUGGAUUUAGAUUCUCUUCUUCCAACAAUCAUGGAUACAGCUUGCAACCUUUUGAACACAGAGCGUUGUUCUCUUUUCAUUCUUGAUAAAACAACGAAUGAAUUGGUCACUCGUUUCCAUGGUGGCUUGGACACUGCUAUUCGUGUUAAGAACGGUGUUGGCAUUGCUGGAUACACAGCUAGUUCUGGCGAAUGUGUUAAUAUCACAGAUGCUUAUUCUGAUUCUCGUUUCGACAAAACAAGUGAUAUACAAACAGGCUUUAAGACAAGAAGUCUUUUGACUGUUCCUAUUUAUGAUAACAGAGGUGCUGUUGCAGGUGUUACAGAGAUGAUCAACAGAAAAGAUGGUAAAUCAUUCGAUGACGAUGAUAUAAAGAUGAUGGUUGCUUUCAACGUUUUCUGUGGCAUCUCAAUAGAUAACGCUAAUCUUUACAACACUUCUUUACAGUUGAUGAACAACUUAAAGAGUUUCAUUGAAGCAUCAGCGGCCAUGGGAAAGGAUGCACAACUUAAUAACGUCAUCCAUGAACUCAUUUCAACAAUGAAAGGUGUUAUUAAUGGUUCAUACGCAGCUUGUUAUGUUUAUGAUAAUGAUACAGAGGAAAUAACUUUGUUGGAUGAAAUAGGAAAGAUCAAAGAUGGUGAAAAAUUCGCAGAUAUUGUUAUUAAAUCACGCGAACAACAAACAUUCAAUUUCCAAGAAGCUGAUGAAGAAGAGAUCCAAAAGAUUAGCAGUAGAAGACAAUUAACAGCUACAACAAGUACAGGUAAAAUACAAGGUCUUAAAGAACUUGAAGGUUUGAAUAUUAAUACAGAUAUAGAAUUAAAAAAGAUCAUUGCUUUCCCAUUACUUACUAAUGAUAACGCUAUCAUUGGUACAAUCCAAAUUGGUACUAACCACAUCAUUCUUCCUGAAGAUAUGAAGCUUUUGAACUGCUUCUGUGUAUUCGCAGCUCUUUCCAUUGAUAAAGAUCGUCUUAGAAAAGUUGCAUCAGUCGGAGCAAGUGAAGCAAGAAUUAGAAAAUAUCUUAUGGAUAACGAACGUGAUGUUGGCGAUAUUCCAAAGUUCUUGACUAUAGAACCAACGAAACAAGACACAUUACUCAAGAUUAACUUCGAUGCACAGAGAUGGGAUGGUAUCGGACACUUGAGAGUUGUAUUUUAUCUGAUGAAUUAUUUCGGUGUUUUGAAACAGUUCAAAGUCAGAAAUGACACAUUUUUGCAUUUCUUGGAUGAGAUCAGCAAUUCAUACAACAAAGUUCCUUACCACAAUUGGAGACACGCUGUUGAUGUUACACAGUUUGUUUCAUAUCAAUUGGUUGUUUCAGGAGUUUACAAGAUCUUGAAACCAAUUGAAUUAUAUGCUCUUUUGAUUGCAGCUAUUUGCCAUGAUGUAAAUCAUGAUGGUUUCACAAAUGUCUACAACGAAAAGGCAGAAACACCAUUAGGCAUUUUGUUCAAGAACCAAUCAGUCAUGGAGACACAUCACUGCCAAGUUGCAAUUCAAGUUGUUUCAAAUGAUAAAUGCAAUAUAUUUAGUUCAUUUGAUUCACCUCUGAUCAAACAGAUUUGGAGCUUAAUUAUUGCAUUGAUCUUGAAAACAGAUAUGGGUAAACACCAUUCAACUCUUGAAGCAAUCAACAAGAGAUUGGAUGAAGGACCUUUGAAGCCUGAUAAUGAACAAGACAGAUUCAUGAUGAUGGAGCUUAUUUUGAAGUGUUCUGAUAUAUCUAAUGUUUCAAGACCAUUCGAAUUAGCUGAUAAAUGGUGUGAUGUUCUUUGCGAAGAAUUCUUCAGACAAGGUGACCUCGAGAAAACAAGUGGCAUGGAAUAUACAUCACCUUUGAAUGAUCGUGCUCACUUGGAUAAACCAAAGUCACAAAUCGGCUUCUACACAUUUGUUUGCUUACCUCUUUUCGUCACUGCUGCUAGAGCUAUGCCAGCACUGCAAGUCAACGUUGACCAAGUUAAUUCUAACUUGGCAAUUUGGAAAUCUCACCAUGACCAAAAUAAUCAAUAA